AGGAACAGAUUUUGCACUAGAGGCUGAUUCUUUAUUCCAAUGUUGAAAAGAACUAAUAAAAAUAAUCACUUGGCUUUUAAGCAGAAAGCUUCCAUUUACAGUGUUUCACCCUUACUCCCCCUCCAAGCCCCUUGUUAUCUAACAUAAUGGUUAGAAUACAUUUCCGUCUCUCCCCUUCAUAAUUUCAGGCAUUAACAUUCUCUUCACACAAAUACACACACGCGCGCACACGCACACACUGAGCAAAAGGAAAAAAGAAGCAGCAGAAAUCUCAGCUGUACUUCUAGCCCUUUUAAAAAGUUUGCUCUGUAAAUUGGAAUGAGGUCAGAUUUGGAGCUUCUCAUUGCACGCGGAGAUUAUUAUUGCAUCGGGUUCCAAGCCAAUAGGAAGGGCGGGGGCGGGGCUUGGCACGAGGAAGCGUUAGUUACAGCGGCUGAUUGGCUGCGGCCAAAGGAUAAAGAGGCGCGAGGCGGAAUUGGGGUCUGCUCUAAGCUGCAGCAAGAGAAACAGUGUGUGCGGGAAAGAGGCCUAUCUCACUCCCAGGUCUCUAGUUCUUGCACGCUCUUUAAGAGUCUGCACUAGAGGAACUCUGCCAUUACCAGCUCCCUUCUUGCAGAGGGGAGGGAGAAACAUACAUUUAUUCAUGCCAGUCUGUUGCAUGCAGGCUUUCUGGCUUCCUACCUUGCAACAAAUUGCACAAACUCCUCAGUGCCGAUUCCGCCCACAGAGAGUCCUGGAGCCAGACUCGCAUUUGCUUUGCAUGGUAGGAAAGGGACUAAGUGAUAGAGACGAUGUCGCUUUCCUGAGCUACGGAGAGUGCUCGUGAACUGGAACCAACUGCUUCAGGGUGGGGGGGAAGAAAAAAAAGCAAAAAAGACUUGCCCAGGAGACGGCGAGAAACUUGCACUGGAAGACAGGCGAGCAGCAGCAGCAGCAGCACUGAAGAAACUCCUCUCCACCUCACUUAGCGCGGUCCCCUCUGGACUCUGCCGACGGCCAGAGCAGGCUGCAGCGCGGUGAGAGGCCGAGCGCGGGGCAGGCAGGCGCUCCAGCCUGGGAACUACAACUCCUCGCCCGCGUCUCCCGGGGACCUCACCCCCAGCGCCCUCCUCCACCCGGCCGCCAGUGGAGGGGCCCGCCCGGCGUGUGCUUGGCCCGAGGAGCCGGCAGGGCCCGGCGAUCGCGCCGCGGCCGCCGCGAGCGAGGGGGUGAGCGCGCGUGGGCGCCCGCCGUGCCGGGGCCAUGGUGCAGCAGACCAACAACGCGGAGAACACGGAAGCGCUGCUGGCCGGCGAGAGCUCAGACUCGGGCGCCGGCCUGGAGCUGGGCAUCGCCUCCUCGCCUACGCCCGGCUCCACCGCGUCCACGGGCGGCAAGGCCGACGACCCGAGCUGGUGCAAGACGCCGAGCGGGCACAUCAAGCGGCCCAUGAAUGCCUUCAUGGUGUGGUCGCAGAUCGAGCGGCGCAAGAUCAUGGAGCAGUCGCCCGACAUGCACAACGCCGAGAUCUCCAAGCGGCUGGGCAAACGCUGGAAGCUGCUCAAGGACAGCGACAAGAUCCCUUUCAUUCGGGAGGCGGAGCGGCUGCGGCUCAAGCACAUGGCUGACUACCCCGACUACAAGUACCGGCCCAGGAAGAAGGUGAAGUCGGGCAACGCCGGCUCGGGCUCCUCGGCUGCCGCCACCGCCGCCGCCUCCAAGCCCGGGGACAAGGGCGACAAAGUCGGUGGCGGCAGCGGGGGAAGCGGCGGCGGGAGUACGACCUCCGGGGGCGGCGGCGGCAGCAGCGCCAAGCCCGCGCCCAAGAAGAGCUGCGGUUCCAAGGUGGCAGGCGGCACCGGGGUCCCCAAGCCCCACGCCAAGCUCGUGCUGGCCGGGGGCGGCGGGAAGGCUGCGGCGGCGGCGGCCUCGUCGUCCUUCGCGGCCGAGCAGGCAGGAGCGGCCGCGCUGCUGCCUCUGGGCGCCGCCGCGGACCCCCACGCGCUGUUCAAGGCGCGGACUCCGGGCGCGCCCGCCGCCGCCGCCGCCCUGGCCAAGCACCCGGCCGAGAAGAAGGCGAAGCGCGUGUACCUGUUCGGGGGCCUGGGUGCGCCCGCCUCGCCCGCCGACCCCAGCGACCCCCUGGGGCUGUACGAGGAUGCGGGCGCCGGCCGAUCGCCCGCCGCGCCCAGCCUGAGCGCGCGCAGCAGCCCCGCGUCCUCGCCAGCGCCCGCGCGCUCGCCCGCCGGCCCCCGCGCCCCCGCCGGCCUGCGCGCCGCCUCGCCCGCGCCCUCCUGCGCGCCCUCGUCCGCCUCGUCCCUGCACUCCUCGUCCGCCUGCUCCUCCGCCUCCUCGUCCUCAGGCUCAGCGUCCUCCGACGACGAAUUCGACGACGACCUGCUCGACCUGCACCCCAGCGCAAACUUUGAGAGCAUGUCGCUGGGCAGCUUGAGCUCGUCGUCGGCGCUGGACCGGGACCUGGAUUUUAACUUCGAGCCUGGUUCCGGCUCGCACUUCGAGUUCCCGGACUACUGCACGCCCGAGGUGAGCGAGAUGAUCUCGGGAGACUGGCUAGAGUCCAGUAUCUCCAACUUAGUCUUCACCUACUGAGGGGCGCGCGGGGCGUGGGAGGCGAGAAGAGAAGAAGACGGAGAAAGAGAAAAGAAAAGAAAGAAAAAAGAAAAAAAAAAAGCAAGAACACAUGAAGAGUUGGAAGAGAAAAGGGAAAAAAAAAAAAAAGAGAAAAUUCGAAAAAAAAAGUGAACAGGGCUGGCUUGGGCCGCAUCCGGUUGCAGAGGAGCGCGGGGGCGUCUGGAUGCACCGGCCAGCCCGGGGGACGCGCAGGAUAGACAGGGGCGACCUUUUAUUGUUGUGAUUGGUGUUGUUGUUGAUGGCAAAAAAAGCUAUUUGAGUUUCCUCCCCUUUGCUUGAAGAGGCCCCCCUCCCUUCCCAACGAGCUUCCGGACUGGGGUGCGCCCCGAUCCCCCCCACCCCCCAGCAAGUUAGAAACCAGGUCUGUGCCAGAGACUGAUGGAAUCCGCCCUCGCGCGCUGCCACCUUGCUGGGCUUUUUAGUUUAUUUUGCUUCUUGGUUGUGGGGUGGGCGAUCCAGCAGCACCGCUCCCUCUCAUGCCUACUGAAGACACAAGGCUCCGGAUGCUGAGUGUGGACGACGGCAGAUGUUUUGGGGGAGCGCUGGGACUGAGAAACUCCAUGCUGGCGAAUUCCAGUUUUGGGUUUGGUUUGGUUUGGUUUUGUUCCCCUUCCCUCCCCUUUUUCUCCUUGUUUCCUUGCCCCUGCAGUCAUAGGAGGAGAUGUGGAGGGGAGGAGGCCAGCCAGAGUGACCGGCGCUAGGAAGUGACCUGAGGACCUCGUUGGAAGCCGCGGCGCCCGGGCGAGGGGCGGGGGUGGAGGAGGACGCGCGCCUGGAAGGCGCACUGAUCAAACUGCAGAGGGUUUGCAAGCUCGCUGGCCUCCGCCGUCAGGCUGUGAAAUCAGCGAGGUGAGACUCCCCAGACCCGGAGGCGCGGAGGAGAGGAGACUUUUGAUGUGGUCUAGGGGCCGUGGAGGGCGAGUGGUUUGGGGGGGAAAAAAGGUUUUUUCUUCUCUUAAUUGGAAUCGUGAUGGUGUUGGAUUAUUUCACUGGUGGGGUUAAUAUAGCAUGUUAUCCUGUCUAUCUUUUAAAGAUUUCUGUAUAAGACUGUUGAGCAGUUUUGAAAAUAGUGUAGGAUAAUAUAAAAAGCAGAUAGAUGGCGCUAUGUUUGAUUCCUACAACAAAAUUAUCACCAGCUUCUUUUCAUUCUUAACUCUUUAAAAGGAUUCAAACGCAACUCAAAUCUGUGCUGGACUUUUAAAAAACAAUUCAGGACCAAAUUUUUCCUCCGUGUGUAUGUGUUUCUUCCUUCUAGGUGUAAAUGAGAAGACGUGUUUUUUUCCUCCACCGAUGUUUCAUCCUCGUAUAUUUUUUUUUUCUUGUAAAUGUAAUCAGAUGCCAUUUUAUAUGUGGACAUAUUUAUACUGGCCAAACAUUUGUUUUCUUGUGUUGUCCCUUUUUUUUUUCUUUUCUUUCCUUGGCUUUCUUUUCUUUCUUUUGACUUCCUUUAUUCCUUUUUGUUUUCUUUUGCUUUAUUUUUAUUUUAUUUUUUUGGUAGUUGUUCUGACCCACGCCAUUUUACGUCUCCUUCACUGAAGGGCUAGAGUUUUAACUUUUAAUUUUUUAUAUUUAAAUGUAGACUUUUGACACUUUUAAAAAAACAAAAAAAGACAAGAGAGAUGAAAACGUUUGAUUAUUUUCUCAGUGUAUUUUUGUAAAAAAUAUAUAAAGGGGGUGUUAAUCGGUGUAAAUCGCUGUUUGGAUUUCCUGAUUUUAUAAUAGGGUGGCUGGUUAAUAUCUCACACAGUUGGAAAAAUCAGCCCCUAAUUUAUCCAUGUUUACAGUUCAAUCUGCAGGCUUCUUAAAGUGACAGUAUCCCUUCACCUGCCACCAGUGUCGACCUUUAACCCCAGUCUGGUAAGAUGGGGAGGAGAUUCAGCCAAGCACUGUACGUUUUCAAGAAAAACACAUUUUUAAAAGAAAUACUGUUUUGUUCUAGAGGCUUUAAACCUGGUGCAUUUACAGCAAAAACAGAAAAAGGGAUCCUGUAGCUUUAACUUGUAAACCACAUCUUUUUUGCACUUUUUUUUAUAAGCAAAAACGUGCCGUUUAAACCACUGGAUCUAUCUAAAUGCCGAUUUGAGUUCGCGACACUAUGUACUGCGUUUUUCAUUCUUGUAUUUGACUAUUUAAUCCUUUCUACUUGUCGCUAAAUAUAAUUGUUUUAGUCUUAUGGCAUGAUGAUAGCUUAUGUGUUCAGGUUUAUAGCUGUUGUGUUUAAAGAUUGAAAAAAAGUGGAAAACAUCUUUGUACAUUUAAGUCUGUAUUAUAAUAAGCAAAAAGAUUGUGUGUAUGUAUGUUUAAUAUAACAUGACAGGCACUAGACGUCUGCCUUUUUAAAGGCAGUUCCGUUAAGGGUUUUUUGUUUUUAAACUUUUUUUUUUUUUUUUUUGCCAUCCAUCCUGUGCAAUAUGCCGUGUAGAAUAUUUGUCUUAAAAUUCAAGGCCACACAAACAAUGUUUGGGGGAAAAGAGAAAAAGAAAAAAUCAUGCCAGCUAAUCAUGUCAAGUUCACUGCCUGUCAGAUUGUUGAUAUAUACCUUCUGUAAAUAACUUUUUUUGAGAAGGAAAUAAAAUCAGCUGGAACUGAACCCUAAA